CUCGGGUCCACCUUUCAACGGAUAAAUACCCCUUCUGGACUCAUCUUCUUCCUCUCGCCACUGAAUCUUAACCCGACCCGAAUUCCAACUGCAAUUUCCCAAAAUUCUCGUCCCCUUCUCCGGAAUGGCCCCUACGAAUCCUGAAACCUGGACCCAUGGACCCUCCGUCAUCAAGGAGAACGAACUUCGGGAGAUGGCCGUGCUUUUGGGCAAGGGUUUCCGGGUCCACCAUCCCGAUGCCGUUGGGGGGAUUAGUUUAACCUACAACCCAAAUCCCCAGAAAUAUAUGGUCAUGCAGUACCACUCUGUGGAGAAUGGAUUUAGGUGGCCCCUCCACGGCCUGCUCCGCGACCUCUGCCUCCAUUUUGGAUUUGCUCCGGGACAAUUGACUGCCAACGCACACAAGUAUGUCGCGUCCUUCAUCUUACGGUGCUGUGCCCUGGACAAAACCCCGCAAUUGGACGAAUUUCUUCUCCUCUUCAGUAUCGGUGGUUUCCCCUUUUACAGUUUAUACCCCCACAAUCAUUUUCCCAUUUUCGAGAAGGUCGAGCUCAAGAUCGACAAAUGGGCGCUUAAAUACUUCGUCAUUGAAUUCCCGGCUCACAGCCCCAUCGAUCUGCCGGGUGUUGUCCUCCGCCGCUCCAUCCCCCGGACGAAAUUCGCCGCAGUAAACUUGGCGGAGGGCGCGUAUAAUGCUUUGAGGGAGAAGGAGGGUCUAAUUCCCCACCACUCUCUCCAAGAGGCUAAACUGUACAAAAAGGCAGGUUUCUAUUACCCCCUGGGUCCUGACCCGAUUCCUUUUGAGGAGGUGCCUUCCCCCGAGAGAUCGAAGGCUCCUUCUGCUGCAGAGUCCCACCCGGCUGCAAAUUCUUCUGGAGAUCGGCCUCAAGGUGGUUUCAAUACCUUAGUGGUGUGCAAUCUGGAUGCUGCUCUGAAUGCUGUUCCUAUCUCUGCCAUCCCUGGGCUUAGGAGGCCCACUCUCCCCCUGUCCAACUCUUCUGGCACUCAGAAUACCACUCCUGCGGCUACGUCCGGGGUCUUGGAGUUAUCCCACCCGGAUAGACUCGAUCGUGAGGAAGAAGAGCCUAGGGACCAAUCUGCGCUCAGAAAACCCACAACGCAGCCCCAGACUGAAGUGUCCGGUUCCUCUCCACGCGCCACAACCAGUCCCCAAGCCAUGGAGGAAGAAGGGAUGAGGCAGAAGGAACCGGAGCCCUCCCCUACAGCAGAGAGGGAAGUUGAAGUGCAGUUAGAAACGGAAGUCUCCCACCCAGAGGAGGAUGAGGCUGGAGAGCGGCAAGAUGCUGAAGCUUCCCUAGAAGUGAGGAAAGAGACUGAGGGGAAUCUAGCAAGGAUGCAGGGAUUAGUGCAGGAACCCAUAACUCCCCAUGCUCGCCCUGAUCUGCUUGCCCUCAAUGCCCUGCACCUCAUGGAACAGGCCCAGCAAUCGCUCCUUACUUUAACUGAGGAGUACCUGGGUGGAGCAUCAGGGAACUUCCGGGCUGUAAUGCUUCUGAGGGAAAAGGAUCUGGCCGCCAGGGCCUUGCAACAAAAGGUUGACUCCCUAGAGCAACAAGUCCAGGUCCUGCAAAGGGAGAAUGCUCGGCUCCAAGCAGAUGGCUCCACGGAGCUUGCAGCUGAGAAAUCCAAGGUCCAGUCCCUGCAAGAUCAGAUUGCCAAUUACCAGAAGGAAACCCAGGAUCUGGAAGUGCAUUUCGAUAGAUUCCGGGCUCAAAUCUCAAAUCUGGAAUCAAGGGCCUCAGCUUCAGAAGGCCAGGUAGGAAGCCUGAAAGCUGAGUUGGCUGAAAGGGAGUCCAAGAUCUCUGCGCUGGAGGAAUCCCUCCAGGAUGCCAAGCAUGAGAGCUCCCGUCACAAUGAAUUCGCCCUGAAGCAGAUGGAGGCAAGGCGGCUCGUCCUCGAGCAGUUGAAAGGAGAGAGACACGUUGCAAGUGAGCUCCGGGCAAAGGUGGAUGAACAAGAGAAGAUGGUCACUGCUCAUCAAGAGGAGGUGGCCACCCUGAUUGCCCGUGCCAAAACCCUCUACGAAGAGGGACAAUUUGACAUGCAGCAAUGCAUCUACGGGGCAGUCCAGAGUGGUCUCCCAGAGAACCACACUUUGGAUGACUUCAUCUCCUACUAUGGGUUACCUCUUCCUCUUCCUCCCCCAGCUUCUCGUGCAGACCCGGGGCCUUAACUUUAUUCCUCCUUGUUGACCGUCAUAUUUUGCCUUGUAAUUACUUGGAUUAUGGUAAAUUGAUUACACUUGAUGUAUUUCUGUCCAUGUAGACUCCUUUAGUAAUCUGACUGUUCUCCAUUUGGUAUUCUUGUUUUGCCUUAGGACUUAGCAGAUUUUUUUUUAUCCGCCUAGGCUUUGGGCUUAACCGCGUU